AUGGCCAUCCAUGGUAGAUGGUAUUGUCCUAAAGCAAUUUGGUCACAAUAUACAUCGAACCCCUCCGCACUCCCGAAUCCGCGGAAUGAAACGGCAGCACUUAAUUGCCUUUCGGCUAUUUUGUUAAACGCACUCCAACAUGUGAAUCAGAAUCUGACGGACAUGAGCCGUCUACAUAACCAGAGCGUAUUUGAAUUCUGCGCUAUUCCACAGGUCAUGGCUAUUGCAACACUUACCCUAAUGUUUAGGAAUAUUGGGGCUUGA